AUGGAUGCCGUUCGUCUACAUCUCAAAACUCCUCACUCGGACAAUCCGUACUCAGUGUUUAAUCCGGCUCCCUCGUCGACUCUCGUUCUUGAACACGAUGUCCCCAUUCCACAGCCAACUGAGCCGGGACAGAUGUUAAUACGUGUGAAUGCGACAACAGUCAUCCGAGAUGCCCUGACUUGGCCGGAAACGUACGCGGAAGAGUUUAGAAUUCUGGGCCACGACUUCUCGGGGACUGUGGUGUCUACUUAUAAGGAGCAAAAUGCCCCUUUCAAGCCUGGUGACGAAGUCUAUGGGAUGACCUCGGCGACACGUGCUGGGACAUGGGCUGAAUAUGCCAUCGUUUCCGCUGAAGAAGCGUGUCUGAAGCCCAGCCAGUUGACUUGGGCUGAAGCUGCAGCGGUGCCACUCAGCGCCCUGACAGCAUACCAAGCACUAUUUGAGAAGGCCGGCAUCGUUCCUCCAGAUUUCCACACGUCACAGGGCCAUUCUGGAUCUCAUGAAGUGGGCGAAAACCCUGGCCGUUGUCGUGUGUUGGUGACAGGGGCUGCAGGCUGUGUCGGCCUCUAUGCUGUGCAGCUGGCACGUCUCGCAGGCUUACACGUCGUCGCAGCGACAAGCUCAAACAGCCGCAACCAGUCGCUCUUACAUAGGCUGGGCGCAGAUGAGGUCGUCGAGUAUGGAGAUCUGUCGAAAAGUCCCGAAUUAUUUCAGAUUGUGAUAGACACCACCGGUGGCGAAGUCUUGACGAUGUGUUGGAAAUUGGUCAGCACAGACGGCACCCUCGUGUCCGUCGACAGUGCCAGUUAUGACUUUGUGGAGAAGCACCGCAAGUCGGGCAUUGCGGAUGGGAAAGGGGCUGUGAAGGCCAUGUUCUUCAUUGUCAGCCCGUCCACGCAGGCUUUGGGCCGAUUGGCGGUGGCUCUGGAUCGGCGGCUGCUUGAACCCUUCGUGGCCCGUGUGAUGCCUUUGGCGGAUGCAAGGAUGGCAUAUGAUCUUUGCGAAACCGUACGCACGGAGCGGGGGAAAAUAGUCCUCAUUCCGCGACACGGGGAGGAAGCAGUAUAA